GAUGCAGCAUGGAUGGGAAGUGUCCGUUUGAUACCAUCACCUUGGAGCAUGGCGUAUUUAUGCAGUCUCAGUAACUGAGCUGAGGGGAAAAAACAAGCCUCUCUCUAUUUCGCUUUCUCUCUUUGUCCACCAGAGGGCAACAAAGUCUAUACACCUUGAGUGACAGAAGGAAAGAAGAACGUCUUCCGUACUUUCACACUGACUUCCGGCAAUGCUAAUGUUAGCUUAGUGCUAGGCUAGGUUACGGUUACUCGUAAGUCUGACCGGUUUUCUAAUGACGGUCAAUGAAUUAAGGUUGAACGGUCGAGCCGUGUUCUAUUAAACGUCUCGUGGCCGUCUGGACAGAGGAGUGUCAAGAAUGUACGCCUCCGGGAAAUACAGUUCUCGGGGCCCAGCUCUUAUUCCUCGAAUGAAAACCAAGCACCGUAUAUACUACAUUACCCUAUUCUCUGUGGUGCUUCUUGGCUUAAUAGCAACAGGAAUGUUUCAGUUCUGGCCCCACUCUAUUGAGUCCACAGCAGAUUGGACCCUUGAUAAACGCAGUGUCCAUGAUGCCCCUCUCAUCCACCUGCCCGUCUCCAGUCCCAUUCCUGAGAGAGGUGACCUCAGCUGUCGUAUGCACACCUGUUUUGAUGUAUACAGAUGUGGUUACAAUCCUAAGAACAGAAUCAAGGUCUAUAUCUACCCUCUGCAGAGGUUUGUAGAUGAAUUGGGAGUUCCGAUCAGCAGCAUUGGACUGUCUCGAGAAUACAAUGACCUGCUCAGUGCCAUCUCCGACAGUGACUUUUACACAGAUGACGUCACCAGGGCUUGUCUUUUUAUCCCGUCUAUCGAUGUGCUGAAUCAGAACUCCCUGCGUAUCAGAGAGACCGCACAGGCUUUGGCAAUGUUACCAAGAUGGGACAAAGGGAUGAAUCACCUACUCUUCAACAUGUUACCUGGAGGCCCACCAGACUACAAUACUGCCUUAGACGUGCCCCGAGACAGAGCGCUUCUGGCUGGAGGUGGUUUUUCUACAUGGACCUACAGACAAGGCUAUGAUGUCAGCAUCCCAGUCUACAGCCCUCUUUCUGCAGAUGUUGAGCUGCCUGAGCGUCAGCCCGGGCCCAGACGCUACUUUAUUCUUUCUUCCCAGACUGCUAUUCACCGAGAGUACCGUGCUGAACUUGAGCGCUUAAAGGAAGAAAAUGGAGAAGCACUUCUUCUCCUGGACAAGUGUAGCAACCUGUCCCAGGGGGCUGCCUCUGCACGAAAACGGUGCUACAAGGGCCAGGUGUUUGAUUACCCACAAAUACUACAGGAUUCCUCAUUCUGUGUGGUUUUGCGUGGGGCUCGAUUGGGUCAGGCUGCCCUCAGUGAUGUCCUGCAGGCAGGCUGUGUCCCUGUCAUCCUUGCUGAUUCCUACAUUCUGCCAUUCUCUGAAGUCCUUGACUGGAAAAGAGCAUCUGUAGUUAUCCCAGAGGAGAAGCUCUCUGAGAUGUACACCAUUCUGAAGAGUAUUCCUCACAGACAGGUUGAAGAGAUGCAGAGACAGGCCCGCUGGUUCUGGGAGGCCUACUUCAGCUCCAUGAAGGCUAUUGGCCUGACAACACUCCAGAUCAUCAAUGACCGCAUCUACCCGUAUGCUGCACACACUUAUGAGCAAUGGAACAAUCCACCUGUGGUGAAGUGGUCCAGUGUGAACAGCCCUCUCUUUCUGCCACUAAUACCGCCGAGGGCUCCUGGGUUCACUGCAGUGGUUCUGACCUAUGAUCGUGUUGAAAGUCUUUUUCGGGUCAUCACAGAAAUCUCCAAGGUGCCCAGCUUAGCAAAGCUGCUUGUGGUGUGGAACAACCAGAACAAGAGUCCUCCUGAGGAGACCCUUUGGCCAAAGAUCGGCGUUCCUCUCAAAGUUGUACGAACCAAAGAGAACAAGCUGAGCAACCGCUUCUUCCCAUACGACGAGAUCGAAACAGAGGCUGUGCUAGCGAUCGAUGACGACAUUAUUAUGCUGACAUCUGAUGAACUGCAGUUUGGCUAUGAGGUGUGGAGGGAGUUCCCAGACAGGUUGGUGGGCUACCCAGGCCGGCUGCACCUCUGGGACCACGAGAUGGGGAAGUGGAAGUAUGAGUCUGAGUGGACCAACGAGGUCUCCAUGGUUUUAACAGGAGCUGCUUUCUACCACAAGUACUUCAACUACUUGUACACAUACAAGAUGCCGGGAGACAUCAAGAACUGGGUGGAUGCUCACAUGAACUGUGAAGAUAUUGCCAUGAACUUUCUUGUGGCUAAUAUCACAGGCAAAGCCCCUAUAAAGGUGACGCCCAGGAAAAAGUUCAAGUGCCCAGAGUGUACUGCCAUCGACGGGCUUUCCUUAGAUCAGACGCACAUGGUGGAGAGAUCUGAGUGCAUCAACAAGUUUGCAUCAGUUUUUGGUACCAUGCCCCUAAAGGUAGUGGAACACCGGGCAGACCCAGUGCUCUAUAAAGAUGACUUCCCAGAGAAGCUCAAAAGCUUCCCCAACAUCGGCAGCCUCUGACCAGCCAGUAACAGAUGGUUGGACCUCAUCACGGCCUCAGACCUUCAGGAUUUGCCACCAUCACCGUUGUCUUUUGUACUAGCACGUCAACAUUCAGACUAAAGUGAAACAGGUUUUAGUCAUUGCUCAGUUCAGAAGUGUCUCUCAUUUGAAUUUUUAAAUUGAAUAUAAAAGGCAGCGUUGUAGAGGAAAUUUGAUUAAUAUAUUGAAUGUCAAGACACUGAAAUGUGAGACACUCAAACUAAUCCACAGAGUAAUGUUACAUGAAUAUCUGUUGGAGGCUGACACUAAGUCUGAUGUUUAACAGGCCGACUGUUACUGCUGUGGAGCUGGAAGCUUUGGACCACAUAUACAGUGUAUAUAUUUGUUUUUUGCAGCAGUGCUGUGCAAUAGUCAUAAUUUAUAAUGUUCCAACAAGGAUUUAAUACUUUUUCAUUUAAAGGCUGACACGGACCAGAUUAUUAUAGCUGUACUAUAUAAAAGAGAAAUGACUACAGGUUUAUUGUAUAUGAUAUAUAAAUUAAAAAAAUUACAUUACAUAUCUAAGUAGGUUUUAUCUCAUGUCUCAAAACACAGCAUGGCUUUAAGAAGAGUUUCACACGUGCUCUUUUUCAUACACUUGUUGGACCAUUAGAACAAAUCAUAAAUUUAACAUUUAGCAGAAACUGCUAAUUAAAAACAGAGCUUUUAUUGAAUUGUAAUUUUAUACAGAUAUAGAAAUAUAUAUACACAAGGGAUCCACCAAGACAUUUGGAGUUGUUUCCAAGCAUUUCAAAAUGUGCAGGCUAAACACUAAACAAUUUCCUGAUCCAUUUGUUUCAAAAGAAAUGUAUAUGAAUUUUUCAUGCAGUUUUUUUUAAUGUUUGUAUGUUCUACCUGUUUGUGUGUUAAUGGUCUGCUCCUUUCAUCACUAGUUGUCUCUGCUGCAGUAUUUUGGCUGUUAAAGACAUUGCCUUGUAUUAUUUUUUUGUCUUUUUUUCAUUAUUACAAAAGGUUUUUUAGACUUGUUUCAUGUAUGUAUGUGUAAAUAUGAUUUUAAAAUAGAUGAUAAAGUAAAGACCCCACAUGUAUGUCUCACCCUUUAAA